AUGCUCAAAUCCACCCUCCUCUACCUCCUUGGCGCCUCCCUAGCAAGCACCUCGCCGGUGCUUGAAACGAGAGACAUCUGCAGCCACACCCCGGCCGACGGCCUCGUCGGAAAUGCGGUGGCGAGCGUAGCUUGCGCACAAUUGACCAUCGCCAACGAAGGAUGCUCGGUAACGGUCAAGUAUCCGGCCGACAUCUACGGGGACUCGUUCACUUUCGACAGCGCGUCCAAAACCUUCAAGGCUUUGCGCAAAAGCAAGCUCACAUUCACCGCGGCGCCGAAGCCCGGCUACAACGCCGCGGUGUGGUCGGGCACGGCGGGAACGAGCAACCCCACCUCUUACUCGGUUCCACUGACCGGCCAGCCCGCCAGCAUCUCUGUCAAGUGCGCCCCCCCGCUGCAGUGCACCGCCGUCGGCCAGCCUUGCAUCUUCGAAUACCCCGAGGACUGCUGCUCCCAGACUUGCGCCUGGACAAUGCCCCUUACACCUAGUAGUGAUGGUGUUAUGACAGAGAGCUUAUUGGGAUUGCCGGGGUAUUGUAAAGCGAUGGGACCCUAUGGUUGA